ACCACGGGAAGAAAGAGGGCCGAGACAACAGACAGCCGCAGAGCAUAGCAGCACUAGUGCCUGUACUGACAAGACCCGGUGGCCUCCAGCGCGCACGGAACACGAGGCAAUGCUGUCCCGUCGCCGCAGCUCGCCGCGCCCGCUCGUACCUGGCCUCCUCCUGUUACUCCUCGCCAUGGCGCCGCCACCGCCGGCUUCCGCGGUGGGUGUGAACUGGGGCUUCGCGUCCUCCCACUCGCUUCCGGCGGCGCAGGUCGUACGGGGCCUCCUCCUCCCCAACUCUGUUCCCCGCGUCCGCCUCGCCGCCGCCUCCUCCGACGCGCUCACGGCGCUCGAAGGCACCGGCAUCGCCGUCAGCGUCGGGAUCCCCGACGCGCUGCUCCGGCCCCUCGCCUCCUCCACCAAGGCAGCCGCCGCGUGGGUCCACGACAACAUCACCCGUUACUCCUCCAGCGUGCGGUUCGAGUAUAUUGUUGUUGGGGAUGAGCCCUUUCUUCUACGUCAUGGACAAAAUUUUCAUCCUUUUGUAGUUCGAGCAGCAGAAAAUGUUCAACAAGCAUUAGUCCAUGCAAAAUUGUCUGGCAAGAUGAAGGUGGUAGUACCUUGCAGUGCUGACACAUUCCAGAAUGCAUCUACUCUGCCCACGAAAGCUAGCUUCAGACCUGAUGUUAACAAGACCAUGGCAGAUCUCCUCUCAUUUCUUGCUAACAGCAGUUCUCCAUUUAUGGUCGAGCUGGAUCCAUUCUUGAGCUUUCAACACAACAGAAAUUUGUCAUUGGACUAUUUUCUUUUCCAACUAAUGUCUCAUCCUGUAAAAGAUGGCGAAAACAAGUAUGACAACUACGUUGAUGCAAGCAUAGAUGCUCUGGUUACUUCUCUAACCAAAGCUGGCUUCAGUGACAUGGACAUCAUUGUUGGGAGAGCAGGAUGGCCAACAGAUGGAGCCAUGAACGCAACUCCUGCUAUUGCUCAAUCAUUCAUGACUGGCCUAGUCAACCACCUGGCCAAAAAGUCUGGGACUCCACUUCGCCCAAAAGUCCCUCCAGUUGAGAUGUAUCUCUUCAGCCUUUUAGAUGAAGAUCAACGGAGUAUAGCUAGUGGAGGCUAUGAAAGGCACCAUGGCAUUUUUACCUUUGAUGGCCAGGCAAAGUACUAUGCCAACAUAGGUCAAGGUCCUAAAUCGCUCAAGAAUGCCCCUGAUGUCAAUUACCUUCCAUCAAAAUGGUGUGUGGUAGACAACAACAAGGAUUUGUCCAAUGUUUCUUCUAGUUUCUCGUCAGCUUGCGCCAAUGGCGACUGCACUUCUCUGUUACCUGGUGGCUCCUGCUCAGGUCUUGCCUGGCCUGGCAAUGUGUCAUACGCGUUCAACAACUACUACCAGCAGCAUGAUCAGAGUGAGGAUAGUUGCUACUUCAAUGGCCUAGGUUUGAUAACUACUGUCGAUCCAUCUGUCGACAAUUGUUUGUUUCCUCUCACAAUUCACGUUUCUGCCGCCACUUCUUUGCACCUAACAUUGCCCGUGUCGCUGUUAUUAGUUUUGUGGUUUUGCAUUGUCUGUAUAUAGUCUGAUGAGGCUAUAGAUUGAGCCUUCAAAAGUGUUUCGUUGGGCCUCUUGUUGAAUGUACUCCAAAGUCUCGGUGCACCAUCAGACGUAUUCCUAGAAUGGCACAAUCUGGCUAUCAGAACUGGUAGGUUUAGUCCAAAUGUAAUGAUGUGUUCUAAAGUAGUCGGGCUGAGUCAAACAGCAGCUUCUUCUCUUGUUCAAAAUUUUGAACCUGGU